AUGUUCAAAGGUAAAAAACCACUGCUCUGGACGGCUAGGAUACGACCGGGAGGAGAAGAAGGGACGGAGGAGAUGGUGGACAUGCGGCGGAACAAGAUGGGAGGAAUCGGGAGCGGCUGGAAUCCCGAGACAACGGCUAGACGGCAAAUGAAUGCAGGUGCGGGAAAUCCAAGGAAGGAGUUAAUAGGGGGGAAAGGCGGAAUAACUGUCAAGAUCAUAGCAAAUCGGGAGAAAAACAAGGACAGUAACAACGUCAUCAACACGCAGCGAGUGGGAAUUAAAGCGACCAAGCAGGUCACAGUCGGAAGGGAGGGGAAGAAGGACAAGGCGACACGUGGAGAUGCAUGGGGGGAAAAUCCAUGCAUGAAAUCCAAGGGAGAGAUGCGUGGCGGGGUAAUGUCCGAGGAGAAGCCGAGGAAUCCAAGAAAACAAGCAUGUGCAUUAGAUACAUGGACAGGGAAGGGGGAAGAAAAACGUGGAGGAGCGAGCAGCAAAUGGCGGAAUGACAAGUGGCAGCUAGGGUCAGCGUUAUUUAAAGGGGACUUGUCAAUCCGGAGGGCAUUGUUUGCGGUAAAAAAUGAAGGGCAGCGUGAAGACAAAAGCAAUGCGGUAAGCGAGAGGAAAAGGAAAGACAAGGAGGAGAAAUCUCCAAAAGGGAAGAGGGUUGUGGACAAAGUGGAGGGAACAGAAGAGAAGGAAAAGGGGGAAAAAGUAGGUGAGGGGAGGAGAGGAACACAAGAUUCAGAAGGGAAAAAGCAAAAAGAGGAAGACACGGGGGGAAAUAUGCCACGAGCAAGGACAAUGGCGAGGAUGAGUACUGCAGGCAGGAGAGCCCAAGGGGUGCAGCUGCCGGAAGUACUCAAUCCAGAAGAGGUGCUGGUAGGAGAAGUCUCGCUAGUCAAUGUAGAAAACAAGGGAAAAGAGGAUUCAAGCGAGGAAGAGGGAGCACCACUCACAAGAGUGCCUAGAAGAAACAUCACCAAUGAAUCGCCAGGGGCGGGGGAGGAAAGCGCAGCGGCAAGGGCAGAAAAAGAAGUCAGCGGGAAGGAAGUGUGGGUAGGAUCCCCGACCGGGGUCAAGCGAAGGGUCAAGAUGUGCUGUCCACUGGACAAGGGCCCUCCUUGUUUCAAGGCAAUCAGGGAAGCCAAUGCAAGAAAAGAACAAGAAGCCAGACGACUGGUAGAAGAGGAAGCAAAGCGGCUGCUGGAAGAAGAAGCUGAGAGGGAAAAGGCCAUCAAGGAAAGGCAGCAAUAG